AUGGAAGUAUCUCACCUCCCCCUCAUCCUUCCCUUUACUAACACUCACUCAAACAGCAAAUCCCUCCCCCAUCAUGAGUCGAUCCUUGUCGACUCCAUUGCCGCCAACGAGGAAGGAAAAGGGGUGAGGAGGGGUCAAAGGCGCCCCGUUAGGGCGAGGGCAUCGACGACUCAGCAAAACUCGCUGAGUCGUCGACACCUUACCGGCCUGACGACGUCGUUUUCGGGGUCACGCGGCGGCGAGGAGGGGAGGGGGGACAAAGGAAAAAAACAAAGGAGGGGGGAGGGUGGACUGGAAACACAACUCAUCGCCAUGAAGGCUUUCUUGUCGAUGUCAUACAGAAGGAGGGCGGGUUCUUACAUAUAUUUCCACUCGAAUCAAAGACAUUCUUCUUCGCGGACUCUCACGGUGAUCUCAAGCUGCGAGACUACUCACUGGAUCAGUUACACGGACUGA